CUAUGUCUCGUCACAACAAGAACAGAAAACGAGUCAAGAAAAGGAAUAUUUCAGCUGCAGCUCAGAAUAAAAUGAAUAUUACCCAAGGUGGGAUUUCAGAAAAUAAGCAACUGUGUUAUGAAUCUGUAAACAACUCAUGUCACAAAGGAAUCUACUCUGUUCAUGCUCCUGUUAUAAUUUAUAGCGUAAUGUGGACAACAAUUGUUGUGACUGUUUGUGGAAACUUGCUGGUUAUCAUCUCAAUAUCACAUUUCAAGCAGCUGCACACACCUACAAAUUUCCUUGUCCUCUCACUAGCAGUUAUUGACCUUUUGCUAGGAGGAUUUGUUAUGCCACCAAUUAUGGCUCGAAUUGCUGAAACCUGUUGGUAUUUUGGAGAAGUCUUCUGUAAGGUUCAUCUGAGCUCUGCUGUCAUGUUCAGUACUGCUUCAAUUAUUCAUCUGUCAUUAAUCUCGAUUGAUCGCUAUUUUGCUGUUUGUCAUCCACUAAGAUAUAAGACAAUGAUCAAUGCAUUUCUUACAGUUAGUUUAAUAUUAAUAAGCUGGAUUCUAUCAGCAAUACUAGGAUUUAUAAUUUUAUUUCUGGAGUUAAAUUUAAAGGGGCUAGAUGAAGAAUAUAUUCAGAAGAUAAAAUGUGUAGGCAGUUGCUUUCUAGUUCAAAAUGAAAUAUCAGGUCUGCUUUCCUCGUUAUUCUCUUUCUACAUUCCAGGUUUUGUUAUGAUAUGCAUCUAUAUGAAAAUUUUUUCCGUAGCAAGAAGACAAGCAAGGUCUAUUAGAGAUACAGCGCAUCAAACAACUGAAGAAAAAAGGAGUGCUGCUUCAAGCAAACGUGAGAGAAAGGCUACUAAAACAUUAGCAAUUGUCUUAGGAGUCUUUCUGAUCUGCUGGUUGCCAUUUUUCUUGUGCAAUGUUAUUAGUCCCCUGGUAAACCACAUGAUUCCUUCUGUGCUAAUUGAAUUUUUUACAUGGAUUGGAUACAUGAAUUCCACUUUUAAUCCUCUAAUCUAUGGUUUUUUCUACAGCUGGUUUAGAAAAGCUCUUAAGUUAAUUGCUUUUGGAAAAAUUUUUCAAAGUGAUUCAUCCAGGACAAAGUUAUUUACUGACUGA